UAAGACUGAGCUAGAGCAGUUUUAACUUCUAACUACGAUAUUCCGCAGUACGUAAACGUUGAACGGUAUACUCAAACACCUUUUUAUUCCAUUCGCGGAGUAACACGGGUCAGGCAUUCUAAUGUAAGAAAUUACGUGUGCCCUUUCAACUUUGUUUUUGGGGGAAAAUGUCCCAGGAAUGUUUAGUUUCUGUGGAAGAAAUUCGUUCUUGGUGGGAAGUCCCCGCCAUAGCCCACUUUUGCUCAAUGUUCAGGACCGCUUUCGGCCUGCCGGACUUUGAAAUUGAGGAAUUUGAGGAGGCACUUCAGAAACAGGACCUAAGCUUUUUGUUUGAGCUUGUUGCUUCUCUACUUGAGGGAUGUUACCAGCGCACAGAUAUUACGCCAUGCACAAUGAAAACCUAUCUGGAUGAUAUCAUCAGUUAUCGGUGGGAACUCGAAGAAGGGAAGCCAAACCCACUGAAGGAAGGAACAUUUGAAAAAUUGUCUCUCCGCAUGCAAGUGGAACUGAUACAUAAGCUGUGUGACUACCGACUUGAUGCUGCAGAUGUUUUUGAACUACUAAAGGGUUUGGAUGCAGACAGCCUGAGAGUUGAGCCUUUGGGUGAAGACAGUGAUGGAGCUAUCUACUGGUAUUUUUAUGGAACAAGACUAUACAAGGAACAGCACACCAAAGGAAAAUCGGUUACACAGUGUCCAGCUGCUGGCAUAAAAUAUGAACAAAAGUCAGUUAAACGAAGGGGAAGACCACCAAAGAAGAAGGUGAUAGAAGUUGAAUCUAUUAGUGAAACAGGUGCUGAUCACCAGUGUGAAAAUUGCAGCAUUAGUCAUUUGGGAAAUUCAGAGCAACAAAGAGGAGUCUGGUCCCUUGUGUGUACUACUGAACAAGAGUGGAAAAAUCUAGCCGAGAGUAUAAAAGAGAAACCCUCAUUAAAGGACAAACAGCUGUACAAACUGCUCAGUGAAAACUUCAUUUCAGAAAUCGGCAACAUGAUUUCAAAUAAGGAGAAGCAACAUGAAGAAAAUAAACUUGAAAUGGUACCCAGAAGAAGCUCUGAUCGAUUGACCAUAAAACGUAUUAUGCAGGAGGAAGAGGAAACUAUGUUGGCCAUAGCAAAAGUGGAGGAACAAAAGAGAAAGGAUGAGGAGAGAAAAUGUCUACUGCUGUUGACAGCUCAGAGAAAAGAGGAAGCAAAAAUCCUGGAGGAGGAGAAGCGUCAAGCAAUGGAAGAGAAAGUCAAAGCAAUGGAAGAGCGUGCAAGGAGAAGAAAAAUAAGGGAAGAAAAAGCCUGGCUGCUUUCUCAAGGCAAGGACUUGCCACCUGAGCUACUAUGUGUAGAGUCACAGCUUCCUGGUAGAAGAUCACGAAAAACCAAAGACCUUUUUGAUUUAGAUGAAGAGUAUACGGCUUUGUAUAAAGUUUUGGAUGGCUUAAAAGCACAUGAAGAUUCUUGGCCUUUCUUGGAACCUGUUGAUGAAUCAUAUGCACCAAACUACCAUGGAAUCAUUGAAACCCCUAUGGAUCUGUCAACUGUUGAGAGGAAGCUAAAUGAAGGAAAAUACAUCACAAAAGAAGAGUUUGUUUCAGAUGUCAAACUUAUAUUUGAAAAUUGCCAUGAGUAUAAUGGAGAAGAUAGUGAAUACACAAAGAUGGCAGAAGCACUAGAGCGUUGCUUUAACAAGGCCCUGCUGAAACACUUUCCUCCUGAUGAUGUGGACACAGAUGAAGAGUUUCAGGUGAAGACAGAUGAAAGGGAGAGAAAGGAGAGGAGAAAAAGUCGUGUUCAGCGCUCUAGUGGUAUCGAGACAUUAACAACUAAUGUUGGUGACCGUGUUAUUAGAAAACAAUACUCUGUAAAUGGUAAACGUUUGUCUAGUUCAUGUGUCAACAAGGAGGAUGAGAACAAGGAUAUGCACCUCGAACUCCUUAAACCACCAGCUGCAAAAAUAAAUAUGUCCUUAAAUAGAAGUAGCUACCUUGAUGCUCCACUGCCUUUGCAAAGUCCUACAAAUUUGUCACUCCAGCCAGUUCUUGGGCCUUCAUCAAGAAUCCAUGAACAUCCAAAACCCAGGAUAAUAGGGCCUGUGUCCCUGCAACACCGUCUUCCUUAUGCAGGGCCAGCACAUGGUCCUUCUUUGGGCCCACGUCCUGCUGCUCUUCAAGCUGGAAGCCUUUGUAGACCACCUCCAGAAGGAAGUGUAUAUCCUACACAAACAUAUCUUCCUGGAUUCAGCAAGAAUACGCCAGACCUAUUGACUGGGAACCCAAGGGGUAUUAUUGCAAAUAAGGGACAGCCAAGAUCUGCAUACUCUCAUUUCAGGCAGUCCUUUGGUACCGUUCCUGUAUGGACAGGAGUGAAUGGCAUUCCUGUUGAGGGGCCUGUGUCUUCUAGUGGGACCACAUUGAAUUCUCACAAUAUGGCUGGAGGUCCUUCGCAUCUUCAGUCCCAUUCGUUCAAUCAAAUGAUGGAACCUACUGUAGUUCAUACCCAGGGAUCCAGAAAUCAGCAGGCACUACAUAUCCCAGAAAAGGGACAGCAAAGAUAUUAUAAUUUGCCUAAUAACAAUUCUUGCCAAAAAGUGCAGCCCCAGCAAAGUCUGUAUCCAAGAACUAUACUUCCACCUCAGAGUCAAGGUCUACAGCUUGGUUCCAUGUUGGACAGUCCAGAAAUGAUUGCAUUACAACAGCUGUCAGCCUCAUCGCGUUCUCUUGGUGAACAGUCUCCACCCUCUGUUGCACAGCAUGAAGGAACAUUUAAUUUGAUGUCUGUGUGCCCAACGACUCAGCCACGGCAAAUGCCACCUCUUCAAGAAGUACAGUGUAGGAAACCACAUGAAACUGAAAAAUCCAGUCAUACAGUAGUGACAGAAUGUAACAUCAUAUUGGCAAAGUCUGGUGAAAAAUCUAAAAUAGUGACAGAUUUUUCAACAUUGGAUACGAAUUCUACUAAGCAUGGUAAAUCAAGUUUAAGCUACUCAAGUACUGCUGAUAUUUUACCAGAGUCUCCUAAAGUCUGCAGUAAAGGAGUAAAUGGUGUAAUGGAAAAAAUACAGAACAAUCCAGCAAAGUCAAUUACAAACAGUGUUUUGAAGGAGAAAAAGGCAAAAGUGAAAAAUGAUGGUGAAGACCAAACUACUGCUACUAUAAAUGAAACAGCCUGCAUCAAAGUCUUAAAACUCAAAUCUGAUACACUUGACACUACUCCUAAGCUUCACAGUCCGUUGGAGAUGAAGAAUGUUAAUGAUAAUAUGUUUGAUCAAAGCAUCAGUAAACUGGUUGAUGAUGAUAAAGUGCAUACAUCUCAACUUUAUAAUCCUUUGCACUUAAAUGACUUUGAAGAAAAUGUUGCACAAGAACAAAGUAAAAAUGGCGUCCUCAAACAUAAUUCCAAUAACAUACCUCUUUCUGCAUCUUUGUCAGUUUCUAGUCAACGUCAGUUUACUGGAAUAAGUGUCUCUCAAAAUUCGCUUUCUCAGCCUGGUCCUGCUACUUUUUCUUUCAGUCAUCAGAGAUCAACCUAUCCAUAUCAAGGCACAUCAAAUACUUACCAGUAUGCACAGUCUCAGUAUUAUCCACAGCCACAUGGUAUUACCUCAGGUUUUACAGUGGAUGACUGGAAGAACUUUUCAUAUGGUUCUCAAAACAGUUCAGCUGUAAGUACACCUCCAGAUGUUAACAGAAUCAGUGGACAAGCAAGGAAGAGCAGCAUUUCUCCACAUAGUUCAGAAACGUUACCUGGAAGGCUAGUCUCUUUCUCCAUAGAUGUAAUAAGAAACAAUUCUGUAGAAAACAGUGAAGUGUCAAGUCCUCUAAAGGCAGGGGACGAAGAUCAAGAAAGACCAGAGAGUCCCAAAGAUAUACUUGAUCUAGACAGUCAUAAUGCAGCUGCAAGGAGAUGUAAUACUACUUCACCAAAUGUGGGAUUUAUGUAUGGUCCACGAGCAGCACAAUCUGGAGUUAUUGACAGUGACAGGAGUAGUUGUCAUUCACAGUUAAUAGCUCAUUCUUCACCUUAUUUUACGCAUCAGCUUACUUCCUCUUCAUAUGUUCCAUCAAGGGUGGAAGCCAUACAUCACCCUUACCAUGUAAACUAUUCCCAAUCGCAAACAAGGAUUCCUUUGUAUAGUCAUGAACUAAUGUUACAGCAGAGAGUAGGACUACCAUUUGAAGAACAGUUUUUGAACCAUGGGCAACGCACAUCUACUUCAGUAGUUGGUGAAAGCAAGAGCUCAGUGAACAAGCAAGGUGUAUGAACAGAGUAUACAGUCCAAUGCUUUAAUAAAGAGAAACAUAACUGGAGACCCAGGAAGACUGAUGGAGUGAUGCACGGCACCCACGUGAGCUUUGAGUUGACCGGUGCUUCAGAAGACAACUUAGUGGAACAGUCAGUUCAGGAUUUUGAAGAAAUUGUUAAUAAAAGUAAUACAUGUCUGAGCUGGUUGCAGUUAUCUUUGUUUACAAUUCCUUAUGGCUUGGAUAAUUUGUUCAUGCUAAUUACUUUCUGGUUCAGAAAGGUUUGUUUCGGAUGUUUUUAGUAACUUUAAACUCAGGUGCAUUUAAAUGGUGGAACUUAAACUAAAGAGUGUUUUAAGUUUAGAAACCAGUUUACAUAAAUUGAAUUUGCCUUUUUUCUUGUUGAAUGUAUUUGUAAAUUGAGAAUAUAGAGCAAUACCACACUGUAUAUAUAUUUUUUUACAAACUUUAUUUUGUACAAACUAGCCAGAAUCAUUUAUGUUAGAAGUAUGGUUUUAAAUACUUUGAUUUAUUUAAAACCUCUUUGUGUAAAAGAGAAGGUUCCAGUGGGGGAAAGUUUUAGGGUGGUGAAGAAUUUAUUUCAAUGACCCUUUAGCUGUAUAACAUUGAACAUUAAAGGUGUACAGCCAAGUGAGAAUUGGAACACUAUUAAUGCCUUCCUGAAAACAGCAGGGUAGUACCAUGUGUUUGGCUUUUUUUAAAUUGAUAAUUACGCCUUUUGAGUUACCUGUUUUGUUCUGUCUCAACUAGACCUCUUAAAUCUGUAUAAAGAUUUGUAUGUGUGCUUAGCUACUUCAUUUUUGAACACUAAACUAAAUAUUGGACAUAAGUUUCUUUUUGUAGAGGUUGUCUACAUAUUGUUACGGGUAAAUUAAUAUAGAAAUGCACAGUGAAGUGUGUUUUUGUUUGGCUGUUUCAGACAGUCCAGUACAAUUUCCAGGAUGCCUCCUUUACAGAUCACACUUAGAUGUUGCACUCUGGACUCCCAGAAAUAUUUAAUAAAGUACAUGAAGUACUGU